AUGGCUAAAAAUAUGAAACACCUUAAGGCCCAGUACUUUAUAAGAGCAAACAAACCAGGAAGAUACUUGGUGAAAAAACUUAUGAAGAGGAAGCAGCAAAAAUACAUAACUCAGAUCAAGAAGGGAGAUAAAAACUAUACCAAAGAAAAAGAAAUUGCCGAACAAUUUAGAAUUUUCUACCAAGAGCUCUACAAAAAAGAUCCAAUAGACAAAGAAGAUAUAAUGGCCUUUCUCUCCAAGCGCAAAAUCCCAAGGAUUUCCGACAUGGAAAGAGAAUAUAUGAACAAACUGAUUACGGAAGAGGAAGUGACAAAAGCUAUAAACAAACUAGCAGUUAACAAAACUCCAGGUCCAGAUGGCCUUACUGCCCAAUAUUACAAGACCUUUAAGGAAGAAACAGCACCACAUCUGAAAGAUAUAAUGAAUAACAUUAUGAAAGGCGGCGAUAUGCCUGAGACGUGGCAUGAGGCAAACAUCAUGCUCAUACACAAAGAAAGUACAGAACCCACCGAUCUAAAAAUCUAUCGCCCUAUUUCGCUGCUAAACUACGACUACAAAAUAUUUACAAGCCUUCUGGCAGAGAGAUUUAAAAAGUUAUUACAAGAUAGAAUAAAAGAAGACCAGCGGGGAUUUCUUCCAAAUAGGCAAAUGAGAGACAAUAUAAGGACUGUGAUAGAUAUUAUUGAACUGUACGAAAAAAACCCACAAAAAAAUAUAGGCCUACUAUUUUUAGACGCGGAAAAGGCCUUCGACCGCACAAAUUGGGACUUCAUAACAGCAGUAUUAAUAGAAAUGGACAUUGGUUACUCCAUUAGAAACGCUAUAAGAGCUCUUUACACAAACCAAACCGCAACAGUAAUAAUUAACGGUCAACAAUCAGACAAGAUAAAAAUCCAGAGAGGCGUGAGACAGGGAUGUCCCCUGUCCCCCCUCCUAUUUAUAUUGGUAUUGGAAAUUCUGUUAGAGGACCUAAGAGAAGAUAAAGAACUGGAAGGUUUGAAGAUCAGAUCGGAGGAAUAUAAGGUCCUAGCCUUCGCUGAUGAUCUUGUAUGUAUAAUAGACAAUCCAGUGCAAAACACCACCAAGUGGAUAGACAAGAUCGAGGCCUUUGGAAGACUGGCAGGAGUCAAAAUAAAUAGAAACAAAACAAAAAUGUUAACAAAGAAUGUAACCAAAAAGGAAAAAGACAAAAUUCAUGAAGACACAGGAAUAGAGGUUACCAGAAAAAUUAAAUACCUAGGUAUUGUGAUCUCCUCAUCAAAUAGACAUUUGUUCAAAGAAAACUACGAAAAGGGCUGGAAUGAGAUAAAAAAGAAACUGGAAAACUGGAAAUAUCUUAAAAUCUCCUUACUAGGGAAAAUAGCAGUCAUUAAAAUGAGUGUGCUGCCAAAACUAAUAUUCCUAUUUCAGAUGAUACCAAUCAUCAAAACGAGCGCAUGCUUUAAAACGUGGAACAAAGAUAUUUUAAAAUUCAUCUGGGAGGGGAAAAAACAUCGAAUAAAUUUCCAAAAUCUCACGGAUGCAAAACAGAGAGGAGGACUGGCCCUACCAGAUUUCCAGGUAUAUCAUGAAGCAUCUGCCCUACUUUGGACAAAAACAUGGGCUACCCUGGACCAGAAAAAAUUGCUGACAUUGGAGGGCCACGAUAUCCGAAGGGGAUGGCACGCAUACCUGUGGUAUGAAAAAGCGUCCAUCGAAAGAAAUUUUACAAACCACCACAUCAGAGCUUCCCUAUUAAAAACUUGGAACAAAUAUAAAGGCCAUUUUUAUAGGAAAACGCCCACAUGGAUAUCACCAGUGGAGGCUUAUCACAAGAGGGAAAUCCCCAGAAGUAAGUGGCUAACCUACAAGCAAUUGCUCAUUAAGAACAAGGGAGAAUGGCAACUGAGACCCUUAGAAGACCUAAAAAAAGAAGAUAAGGGAAUGAGUUGGCUUCAUCACCUACAGAUUAAAGAACACUUCAAGGUUGAUCAAAAACUGGGAUUUAACGAAAUUGACACAUGCUGGGAUACCGUUAUGAAAAAAGAAAAGAAUCUGAUCGAAACACUAUACCAGAAACUACUAGAAUGGAAAAAUGAAAAGGAAGUGGUCAAAGAAAACAUGAUUAAAUGGGCUAAGGAUUUUGGUCAUUCUAUACUACUUGAUGAGUGGGAGCAAGUCUGGAGAAACAAAUUAAAAUUCACAAAGGCAACCAAUAUUAUAGAGAAUUGGUACAAAGUAUUUUACAGGUGGCAUCUAACACCAAUGCAACUGGCCAAAUUCAAUAAGAAAAAUGAUGGGAUAUGUUGGAAAUCUCUGAAAAGAAAAGCGAGGAAUGAAGUUUCCAGUAUGUCCUACAUGGGCAUUCAUGGAGAUGUAAAAGAUUUCUUGGUCAGCAUUAAUUUAGGACAGUAUUAUCCAAACUUCCAAAACUUUGGUUAUGACCAUUUGCAAGACUGUACACAGAUAAAUGACUGUGUACUUCAACAGAUUGGAAUAACUCCUACGGGGCACCGAAGAAGAAUACUCAAGCAAUUGGAUUUUGUGUUUUCAGAAAUGCCAGCCAAAUGUGCAUCUGCUGAAAGCCAGAAAAUGGAAAGUGCAAAAGACUUGGGAAAUGACAUUUCUCCAUUAUUUUGCAACAAUUCCAAUAAAAACGUUCCAGGCAAACAAGAGGAUGAAACAGCUUUCCAAAUAUCCAAUGAAUCUGCCAUUAUGGCUUGUGACAAACAUUGCUUAUAUAAGGAAAAUAAAGAACUUGCUGACGAUGAGUCAUUGGAAGUCAAAGGCGACAUGUUGGCAGGUUUCAGCUCUUUUAACACCUCCUAUCAGAACUUGGGUGGCUUAACAGAAGUCACCACUGAUUCAGAAAAUGCACUGAAAAAUGUGAUGUCUCAAAAGGGAAUUUCUGUGAAUAGUCUUCUUGAAAAGAGGUGGGCAGAUGUUGUUAGCAUUGAACAACACAAUGUUCCCAAGGAAAUAUCGUCUCCUGCAUCUUCACCUGGAAUAAAAUCUCAUGAUGAGGAUCACCCUGUGCUUUCGACAUCAAGAAGUUUGACUAAUGCUCCACUGAGUAGUCAUUUUUUUGAGUUUCAAGGUGAAAUGGUUGAAAAUGAUUUGUAUAGUGCUUGUAGCCAAAGCUCUACACAAGCAGCUUCAAGGCCAACAAGAUCAUUUAUGCUUAGGCACCGCCCUGUUCCAGAAAUACCUGACUCUUCCACUACUGAAGCUUCAACAAGCUCCCUCCAAGAAAGAAGGAACAUGAAUGGUUUCAAUGUCCACUCUUCAGACAGUCAUAUUUCACAAAAAAAAGGCCCCGGUGAAGAAUAUGCAGCUCCCAUUUCUCCAUAUGGGGAAACCUUCCUUAUUCACAGCUCAGAAGAAACGGAAAUCGGUGACAAAGAACUUACAGACAUCCAAGAAAAAAACAGGGAUGAAGAAAUCACUCAAAGGGAUAAUCUUCUGAGCAAAACACGUGCUAUCAAUAAUAAUCAAACCCAGAAAAUCUCUGAUGAUGUAGCACACAGUGAAUUGUUGACCCAAGAAGAUAAAUCUGCCUCACUAAAAAGAUUUGCCGGUGAAUUGGAAUACUCUUCUGUGAAAAGAUAUACUUGGUAUGCACGGCGAGGAAAAUAUAAGGCAUCGCAAGGCCUCGGAGAGUUGAAAGGUGGGCAUUUGGACUUCAGUGCAAAAGAAGAGAUUCAUGUCCCUCGGCAUGUUGGCAGUGAUGAAUCAGCCACUAACUCUAGAGACUCAAUAUCACCCUAUGCUUGUUUUUAUGGACCAACACCAAAGAAAGUUAAAGAAGGCUGGCUGGAUAAACUAUCUCCUCAGGGAAAGCAUAUGUUUCAGAAGCGCUGGGUGAAAUUUGAUGGUGACAGCCUUUGUUAUUACAACAAUGAAAAGGAGGUGUACUCCAAGGGAAUAAUCCUCCUCUCUGCUAUGUCUACAGUUAGAAGCCAUGGCGACAACAAAUUUGAAGUUGUUACCGCACAGAGGAUAUUUGUCUUCCGGGCUGAAAAGGAAGAUGAAAGAAAUGACUGGAUCAGUACAAUACUUAAUGCUUUGAAGUCACAACCUGACAUCUCUCGAGUGCGGACCACUGUCUCUCCUGAUAAAAGUGGAUAUUUGGAUCUGAAAGGCUACAAAACGAAAAUAUUUACCUUGUUGCAAGGAAAUAAUGUAUGGAUCUGCAAAAACGAACAGGACUUUAAGGCUGGAUAUGGCAUCACUAUAAUCCCCAUGAAUGUGGCUAAUGUGAAACAGAUAGACCGGGCAGCAAAACAGUCAUUUGAAAUAAUUACACCUUACCGAAGCUUUAGCUUUACUACUCAGUCUGAAAAAGAAAAGCAGGAGUGGAUCGAAGUGUUGCAGCAAUCCAUAGCUGAAACACUCUCUGAUUAUGAAGUUGCCGAGAAGAUCUGGUUCAAUGAAUCGAACAGGACCUGUGCGGAUUGUAGAGCUCCAGAUCCUGACUGGGCAUCCAUCAAUCUCUGUGUUGUCAUUUGUAAAAAGUGUGCAGGGCAGCACAGAUCAUUAGGACCCAGAGAUUCAAAGGUCCGAAGUCUAAAAAUGGAUGCCAGCAUUUGGAGCAAUGAACUUAUUGAGCUUUUUCUUGUCAUAGGGAAUACAAGAGCAAAUAGUUUUUGGGAAGGGAAUCUUCAACCAGAUGAGAAAUUGCCUAUGGAUGCAUCAACAGACAAGAGGCUAACUUUUAUCAGCCAAAAAUAUAAAGAGGGAAAAUUCAGAAAAACCACUCUACUUUAUAAAACCAAAGAAGAAUUAAAUAAGGCCCUGUGUGCUGCAGUGGUUAAGCAGGAUGUAUUGGAAACAAUGGAAUUGUUGUUUAGUGGAGCAGAUGUGAUGUGUGCUACCAGAGAUCCUGACUACAGUACUCCGUACUUGUUAGCAAAGAAAUAUGGACAAAGACUGCAAAUGGAAUUUCUCCAUCAUAACAAAUUUUCAGAUUUUCCAAGCUAUGAUGCUCAGUCAGACAGCAUUUCCUGUCAAGAUUCUUCCUCAUCCACCUUCCUUUGUGACUAUUUAUACAAGCUUCCCUCCAGUGCUACAAAACCAUUUACAGAGAGAAAACUAAAAGAAGAAUGCAAUAAAAAGUGGUGUACUUUCGAAAGUGGCUUUUUGAGCUACUAUGAAAAUGAGAAGACAACUUCUCCAAAUGGGAUGCUUGACAUCAGUGAAGUCAUCUGCCUUGUUCAUAAGACUGGCUCUUUCUUACCUAUGGGAAGUCUAUUUACCUUUGAAAUCUACUUACUGCCAGAACGUGUGUUUCUCUUUGGCACUGAAACUGCACAUACUCAAAGAAAAUGGACUCAGGCAAUUGCCAAGCAUUUUGUACCCAGUGUAGCCAAACAUAUCUUGGAGAGGGAUUAUGACGUGAUCGGCCAGCUGUAUUACAAAGACUGCCAUAAUCUCGAUAAAUGGAAAAAAGGCUGGUUUGCUAUAGAAAAGUCAAACCUUUGUUUUUGCCUGGAGCUAGAAAAUUCACAAGAGGAUUCAAUGCAUCUAAGGAGACUCCAGGAGUUAACAAUCAGCAGUAUAAUGCAAAAUGGAGAAAAAAUAGACGUUCUUCUUCUGGUUGAGAAAGGAAGAACAUUAUACAUCCAUGGCCACACCAAGUUGGAUUUCACAGUCUGGUAUAGUGCAAUUGAAAAAGCAGCAGGUACAGAUGGCAACGUGUUAGAAGAUCAGCAACUCAGCAAAAAUGACGUCCCGAUUAUAGUGAAUAGCUGUAUUGCAUUUGUUACCCAAUAUGGUCUAGGUAACAAACAUAUCUAUCUGGAUAGAGGGGAUCCAUCUCAUGUAAAUGAACUUCUUGAGUCCUUCAAAAAAGAUGCCAGAAGUGUUAAGCUGAGGGCUGGAACAAACCAGCUGGAAGAUGUUACUGAUACUCUGAAGUGUUUUCUGUCUGAAAUCGAUGAUGCACUUCUUACCAAAGAACUCUAUCCAUUUUGGAUCUCUGCAUUAGAUACACUAGAUGAGAAAGAGAGAGUGAAAAAGUACAGCACUUUUAUUCGAACACUUCCAGCAGUCAAUAGGGCAACUUUGGCAGCCUUAAUGGAACACCUUUACAGGGUACAGAAGUGUUCUGAAAUCAAUCACAUGGAUCCUCACAAUCUAGCAAUGGCAUUUUCAUCAUGCUUGUUUCAAACUAAAGGGCAAACCAGUGAAGAAGUCGAUGUAAUUGAAGACCUGAUUAUAAAUUAUGUGCAUCUCUUUGAUGUACAUGAAGAUCAAGUGAAACAAAUGGAUAUUGAGAAUAGCUUUAUUACCAAAUGGAAAGAUACUCAAGUUUCCCAGGCUGGAGACUUGCUAAUUGAAGUUUACGUGGAAAGAAAGGAGCCAGACAGCAGCGUUAUAAUAAGGGUAUCGCCAAUGAUGGAGGCAGAAGAAUUGACUAAUGACAUACUGGGAAUAAAAAAUAUUGCACCCCACAAGGAUGAUAUGUGGGCUACGUUUGAAGUGAUUGAAAAUGGAGAGCUAGAACGCCCAUUACAUUAUACUGAGAAUGUUCUAGAACAAAUUCUACAUUGGAGCUCUUUGACUAAUCCCAGCAGUGCAUAUCUUAUUGUAAAGAAAUUUCUGACAGCCGACACAAUGAAACAAUGCAAUGAGAAAAAUGCAAAGGGCACAGUAAAAGCCAGUUAUCUGAAAUUUAAAGAAGAGCCAUCCAAAUUACUGUCUGGAAAUAAGUUUCAAGACCGUUAUUUUGUUCUCCGGGAAAGAAAUCUUCUACUUUACAAGGAUAUGAAGAGUAGUAAGCCUGAGAAGGUGUUGCCAACCCAAUCACUGAAACUUUACCUUGGAGUGAAGAAGAAACUGAAGCCACCAACGAAUUGGGGUCUCACAUUGUACUCUGAGAAGUAUCACUGGCAUUUGUGUUGUGAUGGACAGGACUCUCAGUUAGAAUGGAUGAGCAGCAUAUUUAUUGCACAGCACAAUAAUAUCUGUCCACCAGAUGGAAAAGUGAGGAAGCAAUCUGUUACCAAAAACCCCAAAAUUGGUGGCUUACAUUUAAUACCAAUCCAUCAUGAAAGAAGUAUUCCAAAAGCUAAAGUCAACACAUCAGAGCAUUCAAAGCUUGAAUCUGAAAGUGAUUUAACAGAAGACAAGAGGAGUUUGAAGGAAAGAGCAUCACGGGUCGCUGAGUGCCUGGAACGCAAGGAGGAGAAAGCCCGAAACCGGACAAGGAAGCACCGAAGUCUGAUCUGUUUGGAUGACAUGGGUCAAGAUGUUUCUGACUCUCACCAAAGACCCUACAUGGACUCAAAGACACCAAAGAAAAAUGAGAACAAAGCCAAUCAGAUGCAGCUGGAAUCUGAUAAUAAGCUUCCAGCAAAUGUUAUUCAAGAACUCCACACUGUCUUGCAGAGGCACAGAGCUCUCCACGAACAGUCUUAGAAACAGUUCUUCAGAUCUGUACAUCAGUGACCUGGUCAUUCUAGGAAGAGAAAUAUAUUGUUUAUGUACAGUGUACAGGGCUUUCAACAGAUAGAUAGAAAUAAAGGAAAACACAGAGGCAAGAUAUGCAUUCCUCUC